UGAUGAACAUUUUCCCUAAUAAACUCCGCGAGACACCUAGUAGAACGUUGUGUCACUCAUCCGAGACCCGAUCAGGCCGAUAAUCCUGUUUUAAUCAGAAAACUCCUCGAUAUCACUACGGCGGUUAACACGUGCACCGGAGCUUUCUCGGCAGAUUCAGGAGCUGGAUCCCAAGAUCUUCUUCACUCGCUAGAGUCUGCUUUUGACACUUGCGUUGCUCGCUUCACAUCGCCCGCCUCCCUGAUCUCACCGUUCUCAUUACGCACUCAUCCAGCGUUCACUCACCAGCGCUCACUCACCCAGCGCUCACUCACUCGGUGUUGCAUUUCGUUGAAUUGGCCUCGAUUACCUUGGCAAUCUUACCUGUUUCACAACAAUGGCACAAAGGACCUACUCCGAUCCGAAAUGGUGGAAAGAAGCUGUCGUCUAUCAAGUCUACCCAGCAUCCUUCCUGUCCACCGGCUCGGGCUCGAUACCUGGGUGGGGAGACAUCAAAGGCAUCACGCGCAAGGUCUCCUAUCUCAAAGACCUUGGGGUCGACAUCAUCUGGCUUUCACCCGUCUGCAAAUCUCCCCAAGCUGACAUGGGCUACGACAUAUCUGACUAUACCGACAUUGACCCCCGAUAUGGUUCACUCGACGACAUCGAUGAGUUGAUCGCAACGCUGAAGUCACGAGGCAUGAAGCUCAUGAUGGAUCUUGUGGUGAAUCACACAAGUGACCAGCAUGCCUGGUUCCUGGAUUCGAAGUCCUCCAAAACGGCCGACAAGAGAGACUGGUACAUUUGGCAGCCGGCCAAAUACGAUGCUGACGGCAAUCGUCAGCCUCCGAACAAUUGGGCCCAGAUCUUGGGAGACGCAAACAGCGCCUGGACCUGGGAUGAACAUACUCAAGAGUACUACCUCUCCCUUUUCACCCCGGAACAGCCUGAUCUGAACUGGAGAAAUCCUCAAGUUCGGGAAGCAGUGCAUGAUGUUUUGAGGUUCUGGCUGGACCGAGGUAUCAACGGCUUUCGUAUGGAUGUCAUCAACGUGAUUUCCAAAGUCGAAGGAUAUCCGGAUGCUCCUGUGCAAGACAAGAGUGCCAAGUGGCAGCCGGGUUUCAUGCACUUUGCCAACGGGCCACAUCUUCAUGAAUAUCUGAGGGAGAUGAGACGGAAGGUAUUGGCUUCAUACGACACAGUCACUGUGGGUGAGAUGCCGUGGGUCAACGACGAGGAGGAGAUCGUCAAAGUGGUUGGAGCGGAGAGCGAAGAAUUGAACAUGAUCUUCAUUUUCGAGCUGAUGGAUAUGGACAGCGAUACCCGCAAGCUGUCCAUUGGACCUUGGAAGCCAGCUGACUUGCGACGAAUCGUCAGUAAAUGGCAAACAGUCAUGUACGAGAAGAAUGGCUGGAACUCCAUCUUCAUCGAGAAUCACGACAAUGCACGCUCCGUCAGUCGCUUCGUUGAUGACUCAAAACAGUUUCGCGAGCUUGGAGCCAAGCUGCUGUGCCUUCUCGCGACAAGCCUGGGAGGAACUCUGUAUGUCUACCAAGGGCAGGAGCUGGGCAUGAAGAAUGUCCCGGAAAGCUGGGAGAUUGAGGAGUACCUGGACGUUGAGACGCGGAACUUCUGGGAGGCGAUGCAAGCGCUGCACAUCGGUGACGAAAGCGCGUUGCAGGAGGACAAGAAGAUUGUCUCGCGGAAAGCGCGAGAUCAUGCGAGGACGCCAGUGCAAUGGACCUCCCAGCCGAAUGCCGGAUUCUGCGAAGAAGGCACAAAGCCAUGGAUGAGAGUCAAUGACGACUAUCUGAAAUGGAAUGCGCGUUCGCAGCUCGCGAAUAUGGAAGGUCAGAGCGUCGUGCAGUUCUGGCGACACGCUUUACAGCGGCGGAAGAACUUCAAGGACGCUUUUGUAUAUGGCGCUUUCGAGUGUCUGGACAAUGAACAUGAGAGCGUCUUCGCAUUCAAGAGGACGAGCGCGGAGAACGAUAAUCUGUGGAUGGUGGUCCUCAACUUCUCUGCGAACGAGCUGCAAUGGAACCUUCCGAAAGGCCUGCAGGUGCAUGGGUUCAUCGAAAGCAACUACGGAGAUGCACCGAUCGAGCCGAAAGACGGGAAGGUCAGACUGCGAGCUUGGGAAGGAGUGCUUGGAAGAUGCUUCGUUGAGUGAUGUUCCUUCCGGAUCUGCGGGCUUGCGACUGCCUGCAGCCACCACUCCUUCCGACACUGCACGCAGCAACUGCCCUCAACGUGUGCUUACAUGGCUUCUGAAUCUCUUCUUCUUCCUCCCUUUCUCUUCGCAUCAUCUUCUCUUCCUCUUCCAACAUCCUCCAAAGCCAGCUUGCUUCUCUACACCAUUCCCACAAAGCUUGCCUUUCUGCACCAUCUCCGCUGCACAAUUAGCCAUCAGAACUCCUUCGAGCGUCUUCCUCACCGGCAUCUCCUCCAGUACAGCUCGUGAGACAUGGCCGGAUGUGAGUGGCACCACCACGCAGUCACAUGCUUUUUGCACUCAGCCAACUGACGCAUCUCCCAGCCAAAUCCAUCACCCACCCCGAC